GCAAAAUGACACGCGUGCGGGGCGGAGGCUGCCGGGCCGUUUACUCGCGCGGAAUCCAGUUGGCGGACGAUAUAUCGUUCCCUGCAAUGCAACGGAUCGGUGAUGAUGCCGCUUAGCUCGCAUGAUUGAAAAGAAUGAGUGAUAAAUCAGAGAGAUAUAUAUAUAUAUAUAUGUGUAUGUAUGUGGGAGAUUUAAGAAACGUCGUAUCGAGAAAUGAGGUCAACGAAUUUCGCGUGUUCAACUCGAGACGAUUUGCGUCGAUUUUAGAAUAAAUUUCUUCUUUAACGCGUAUGUAUUUUAUAUGCAUUCAAUUGUUCUCUGUACAGUACACAAAAUUAUAAAUAGAAUAUAAAUUUAUCUUAUUCUAAAACGAGUUAUAGAGUAGGUUUUGUGUUGAAAUGCAGAGUGUAGAAUGUCGUGGAUCUCUUUAACAAAAAAAUCGAAAUUGAUAAAAAUAUAAAUUUAAGUUAUGUUUUUCAGAUGAUACUUAUGAGACUGUAAUUUCAAUGAAAAUGUCUCAAACAGCUAGUAGGAUUUCUCUUCAGGAGCAUAAGAUGAGAAAUUGAACUAUCUGAGCUCAGGGAUCAGUGCCAUGCAGGUCCGUCUAGAUGGGAAGCUGGCGUUGCUGUAUACUCUAUUGGUUUUGCAAGUUCUGAUUGUUAUGAUCUACGUCGCCACAACUCCACCGGCCGAGUUAGCUGUAUCUACGACUCGUGCAUCUGUCAGUUUUGUCAAGUUUGAGGCAUUGCAGGAACUGCACGUAAAUCAGGGCAAUCGUAAAAAAUCACCAAUCUACCAGACAAUCAAUGGGGAGGUAGCAUUGAAAGAUGUCAAGACGUUUAGGUUGUUCGAAGUAUACAAUCAUAGUGUAUGCUGGAAAUAUGGAGUGGACCAGCGUAAAAUGAAAAGCAACGAGCAUCUGGAAAGAUGUAUCUGCAAUCAAGGAUGGCAUGGUUUGGAUUGCGGACAACCAGAAGUCGUGUGGAGGGCAAUCAUGGCAUCAAAGCAGAAUGUUAGCCUAAAACGUCGCAAAACUGCCAGGCAUGUUAUUCACACCUUUUUUAUAAGCGACUACAACUCUGCGAUCGCUGAGGUGAUAGUAGAGGAACUCUACAACGUGGUGGACCUUUUUAUAAUUUGUGAUUUCAAUAACGUGGAGGAUAAUUUCCGGCACAAACUGUCGAAAGGACUGCUACAGCGAGAGCAAAAGAAGAUUCUGUACAUUAACGUGGCGACCAAGUCCCGCAAACCAUCCCGGAUAGUAUCGAGAUACAUCUGGGAUAAAAUCAAGACUGUGGUGCAGAAUCUGAAGGACGACGACAUCUACGUGACAACGGAGCCGGAACAAAUACUCAACUCCAGGGCAUUAAUGUUCCUCAAAGUGUACGACGGUUGGCCUCAGCCCAUCGGAUUUAGAUUAAGAUGGUCAAUAUACGGCUUUUUUUGGCAGCAUCCACUCAAGACAACGAUCACCCUCGGCGCAUACACUGUCGGUUUGAUGCGCAAUGCCUAUCAAUCCAAUUCGCUUGUAUUGAGACAACAAUUGGACGGAGACACCAGCGAGAGAGAUAUUUUGGGAUUAGUCAUAGGAGAUUUGAAUCACUACGGCGGGUGGUACUGUAAUCUGUGUCAGGCGCCUGCAAAUAUUAUUAUUGGUCUUCGCAAUAAAGUCCAAUCUAAGGAGAUUUAUAUCGAGAAAACUAUCGAUGUGCCGUUUGUAGAGGACCUAAUAGGUAGUGGACUAUGGUUGGAUGGUAAAACCAGUCUUCUGAGAGUCUCUAAAUCCAGGGAUUCCUACUUUGCGCCAGAAACGAUUCUCAAUAACACAUGGAAGUACGACUGGUUGGUAGAGAAUUUUUACGCUAAAUUAGAUUACUACUGACGUACUGGUCGCACCCAACUGUGAUAUUAACUCAUACUCAAUACUCAGUGUACACUAAUAUAAUAUUAUAUUAAAUUUAUACACUAAAA